UGCACAAUGAGUACCCCCAGAUGUGGAGUACUGAGGCUACAGGAUGGAAACCCCUGCAUUGGGGCUCUUCUGGCUUCUCAGGUGCUCAGGGCUAGGGCUGCCUCACUGUAGCCUCCAAUCCCACAAUACAGCGAUGUAGAAGUGGAGGUUCACAUGCCGUAAGUGAAUGAACAGAUGAAUUCACAGAGGGAGUAAACGUAGGGCACUUGGCCUGGAGCAGGCAGAAGGCGGGGCGUGGAGACAACUCAGUUCCAGUAUUUCAGGUCACAUGAGACUGUCCACCUUCCCACCAUCUGUCACUGCCCUUACCACCUUUGGGGACUAAAUACAAAAAACUAGAAACAUUUGCUGGAAAAACUGUCCAUGCUUUUGAGUGGUUUGGGUCCACAAUUUCCUGAGGACCUUGAAUGCUCUAAGCAAAACUGCAAAAGUGCACAAAAGCUCAAGGGAAACAGUGUGUCCAGACUUCCUGCUUAGGGCCCAACCCUCCUGGCCUGUGGAGGACCUCACCUCUUCCCCUAAUUUGUCUUGCACCUACUAUGUGUGGACUGGUGGGUGACAUUGAGGACAAGGAAGUGGUCAAGCACAGCCACUGUUAUUGAGAGUCCACAGUCUAGAUAGGAAAAGUUUAAAAACAUUUAAAAAUACAAUUGGAUAAGGAUGCUGGGGCUGGAGGAAACCAUAUUAAUCUUUAUAUUCACAUAUCUGAUACAAUUAUCUGGCACAUAGAAGAUGCUGCAAAACCCUCUGAUUUUCAGAUCAGUGCCCAGUGGAGGAUGCACAAGUUAUCUCAAGAAUGCCCAGAAAAGAUUCAGAUAGGUGGUGGUGCGUCAGGGACGUUCACCUCCACCUCCAUAGGAUUGGGCAAGUAUGGAGACUGGGACACCAGCAAUAUGAUUUGUUACAAAGUGGGCACAGUGUGUGUGGCUCAGGUAAAGGUUGGAGAAGUCACCCUGGACCUCACAGAUUUCCUGAUGAGAGCUGGGGCUCUACAAUGAAGCUCCUGUGUACAUGUGGGUGGGUGAUGAUAGGGGAGAUUAGCCUAAGGAUGGAUUUGCAUGCUGAGAAUUUAUACAUUGAUUCUACAGGUCUUUACCUCACACCAAUUAGACACUAAUGUGUGGGGACAGUGGACCUCACAGUCUAGUAGAGGAGACAGAUGGACCUGCUGGUUGUGUGUGGUGUAUGCCUGUAAUCCCAGCAUAAUCUCUGGGAUUAUGUGGGCCCAACCAUUCAAAAGCAUGUACAGUUUUCCCAGCAAAUGUUUCUAGUUUGGGUUCUGCCUAGACUACAUAGCGAGUUUAAGGCCAAUCUGGACUACAUAGACCUUGUCUUUAAAAAAAAAAAAGAAAAGAAAAAGAAGGGCAGGGGGAGCUGCAGCUAUCCGGCAGCAGGAGUGCAGCUCCAGAACAGACAGCCAGGGUCAGGACCUCUUGGGGGAGACGAAACAAGUUAGCUUAAGUGGGGCCUCAGUGUGUGUGGGUGGGAGACCUAAGGAGGGGCUCACCUCAUCCAAAGGCGAGAACAUGAAAGUUUGGACUAGUGCAGGUAUGAGAAUGGGAAAGGACAAGGCACCUUCGGCCAAGAGAAUUUAGAACUAGAGUGGGUACGGAGUAUAGUGGGAAGCAGGGUAUCUAGGGCUUCGAGGGCUUAAAAUAAGGACCCAGAAUUCUAGCCAUCUGGGGCCAAAAGUCCCACUCCACCGAAGAGUCCCAAAUCCUUGCACUCCGGUUGUCUUUUGUGGGCCCCUCCCCAUGUUCCUGGGCGUUGCUCCCCAGUCCUCUAGGUUCAAAUCCGUCCAGUCCUCUCGGGGCUCGAGCCCCCUCCCACCGUAGCGUUCCCGAACGUUGCCAGCCCCCGCCCCGCACAAUCGGAGCCCCGACGAUGGCGGCGCAGGCCCUGCUCGUGGUGCUCUGCAGCUGGGCGCUGGGGCCGACGGGCGCCCUGGACGCCAUGGGCCCUCACACGGCGCUCCGCCUGGCGGAGCUGCUGACCUCGGAGGAGUGCGGCCAUUUCCGGUCGCUACUGGAGGCGCCGGAGCCCGAUGUGGAGGCGGAACUGGCCAGGCUCUCUGAAGACCGGCUGGCGCGGCCGGAGCCGCUGACGCCCACGUCGGUGUCGCUGGGCGAGGCGCGGCGGCGGCGGGAGGCAGCCGAGGAUCCCGUGGAGGACCCGACGGCGGGCCAGUCGGCCGAGCCCGGGGAGGUUUCCGACGGCUGCCGGGAGGCGCUGGCGUCCUGGCUGGCUGCCACGUCCCUUUCUUGGGACCGUGUGGCCCGGGCCCUGCAGCACAGCGGCCGGCCCGACGUGGCCCGGGAGCUGGCCAAGAACCUCCACCAGCAGGCGACGCUGCAGCUGCGCAAAUUUGGGCAGCGCUUCGUGCCACCGCCGGGCGUCGCCCCGGCCCCCGCCCCCGCCCCCGCCCCGGCCCCGGCCCCGGCCCCCGCCCCCGCCCCUCGUCCCCGCCGCACCUCGGAGCGCGCGCCCGCCUGGGACCUGCUGGGACUGGAGCUGGUGCUGGAGCGCCUGCCUCAGCCGCCGUACGAGCGGAGCCCGGCGGGCUGGGUCGGGCCGCUGGCGCUCGGCCUGCUCACAGGCUUCGCGGGGGCGCUGGGGACUGGGGCGAUGCUUGUCUUGCUCACGGUGUGGCUCACAGGCAGCAACGGCGACCAGGCGGCUCACCUGCCAGCACCUCGUUCCCCUGGCUCAGGUCGACCGCGGGCUGAGAAGUCGAGCCGCUUCUGACAAGGGCUGCCCGCCGUGGAGAAGUGGGAGUGAGGUGCUGCUGGAGUGCUGCCCCGGACGGAUUAUAAAAGUUAUGACACCAGGCUGUCGGUUAAUUCUGUGGGGAUGCCAGGCAUAGCCCGAGGACCACGUGGACCGAGAUGGGCACUGGUGGGGUCUCCCAGGAUGGGGGCUACUUUCCACUAAAAGCCAACACUUCCUAGCACAAACCGCGUGUCUGGCCUUGCUAAGCUGUUAACAUUCUCUUACUUACUCUUCAAAGUCAAAGGGCCGCGUGCAGUGGCGAAGGUCAGAAAUCCCAGCAUUCGGGAGGCUGCAGGAGGAUUGCUGUGAGUUCAAGGCCAGCCUGAACUAAUAGCGCUACCAUGUCUCAAAACCAAAACAAAAUACCCGCCCCCCCCCCCCAAAAAAAAACCAGCCCAAUAAGAAAGGUAUCAGCAAUACAUAUCAGGAAGCUGCUCACAGCUCUUUGUGAUAUAGGCAAUUUUUAAAAUCCAGAGCCUUUUGGCAGGAACCAGACGGGUGUGUGGAGCUUCCUGGCUUUGCUCCAAGGCCCUUCAGGCAUGUGUAGGGCAGUGCAGGGGUGCCCACUUGCAUGUACUCCCCACCCCACUCCCACCAGCACUACCCAGGAUACUGGGUGAACCUGUAUACAGACUGCCCCCCCCUGCCCUGGCGCUUGGGGUGAGAGCCAUGACAGAAUGACAAGCCAGUCCAAGAGGAGAGUUGAAAACAAGAUUGACGUAACCCUUUAUUGCAAAUUCUAAAGUAAAAAGAUGUACAGUACAAAGUAAAAUUGAAAUUUCAGACUAUAAACUUCCAAUCCACGGAUACAUUCUCAUUUCUCUAGCACUUCUGCCAUUUCUGCAUAAACAGAACAGGGAACAAGUCGAGGGGGCGAGGGAAGGAAGUACAGCAAGGGGGGAAAAGUAAGUCUAGAAGUCACAAACCCCAGAAGCAAGUGAAAGGAAAGACAUUUCUCGACCUGCUGUCCUGGUGAUGAGAAGCGGGGGGUGGUUGGAGCAGUGCAGUUAAAAAUGGCUCUCAGAAUAGCAGCAUUUAUGGUACCAUUUCAUCUUCCUUAAGUCCAAAUAAUACUUCGCCCUUCCCUAGCGCCUUUGCCUCUGUAUCUCAAAACACUUUACAAAACAUUUAGUUAAAGCCUCACAACACCCCUGUGAGGUAGGUCAGUAUUAUUAUCCCCAUUUUACAGAUGGGGAAACUGAGGCACAGAGAGGUUAAGUGACUUGCCCAAGGCCACACAGCGAGCCAGUGGUCAAGCCAGGGAUAGAACACAGGAGUUCUGCCCUUUUUCUGGAACCACUGGACAACACUCCCCUUUACCUAUGUACACUCUUCACACACACACACCACAUGUGCACAACCGCCCACCCCACCCCAUUUAGCCUCUAUGUACAGCAAAUAGCAGUGGGGGGCAGGAGCAGGGGUGCCUCAGGAGCACUUUACUGAAGGAAGUCUUGGUAAUCUUGAAAAGGGAAUCCAAGAGAGCACCGACCGAGCUGCAGCACAGACUGGUGCAAACCUUGGGCCCCUCCCAACCCAAACUUCCUCUUCUUUCCUGAUGUCCCCCUGGCUGAUUAGUUGCAGCUGACUUUUUAAGGGGUGGAGGGUACCUGAAAAUGAAUGAAGCUUUUUGCAAAACUUUGGGCAACAUCUGUGAAAAGAAAGAGGCAUCACUGCAGAAGGUGCCCAGGACUCAAGUCGUAAUCACAAGCCAUGGCAACCUCACCUCCACCAUAGAGCUGGAGGCUGGGGCUGAGGGACCAAGGAUGGGGACUGACCUACGGGCCAUCUCUCUCCAGAGGGAGUCUCUGGAGCGGUGUAGAAUGGGCACUUCAGAUCCUCCUGAGUGUUCCUGGACCAGGAGAUGUGGCCUAGAGGGAACUGUCCCCAAGGGGGUGCCCCUCCAUUGCAGAGAUGUGAGAGGACAGUCCCCGUCUGCUGGCUUGAGGGGGUGAUGGAGGGCAGGGCCCAGUGCCAGCCAGCAGGGCUGUCGGGCAUCAUGCAUGACCUAGCUUGAGGACGUGGUGGGGGGUGUGUGUGUGCAUUUUUUCCCAACACACUGGUGAAGAAGGCAGAAGUAAGGCCAGUCCAGCUGGGUUGGCUGAGGUCAUCUCUGGGGGCUCUGCCAGGUGGGCUAGGUGAGAAGGGGCUGUCUAAGCCUCUAAGCACCGGCGGAGUGGGGAAUGCCACAUGCAAUGGUCGAGUGGGAAUCUGGGGAGUUAGGACCUGGCUGUUCUCUCCAGUCUCAACUUAGCCAGCACUGCAAACGACCUUCUGGUUUCUCUCCCCUCAGUUCCCUUUCUUUCCCCAAUGCACUAAGGUCCCAGUUCCCGGACCCCUCCCAGGACUCAAGAACUGGGACAGUCAAGCAACAAACACACACCAAGACAGGCUUCCCUUGUACAGUAAAAAGGGUCAUUUUUAUUUUGUUUCCUUUUGGCUUAUAGAAGUGAUGUACUUUUUUCUGUUUUAAUCACGUCUCAUUUAGGGCAGCGUUGGCCUCCAUGCAUUCACUAAUACACUAUUGGUCUUUUAGUUUACAUUGGUUGUGGUGAAAAAGGAAAGAA